AUGCUGCAGGAAAUAUCAAAAUAUUGGCUAAAGCAAUCAACCUAUGAUACAGCCGUGGGUAUAUAUGCCACUUUCCCACUCAUCAUGGUCCCAGCACUAUUGGUCAUUAAUGCACCAUAUGGUAAAUACACACACUAUGUAAUGGGUAAAGGUGUAACCUUCAUGAACGGCAGAUGGAGCUGGUGUAUUAUGGAAAUUGUGUCACCUAUCACCUUUGCUCUCUCUCUCUAUUUCACCAAGCCUACUUGGACACCUUUCCAGCUCAUCUUGACAGCUGCCUGGAUCAUUCACUAUACAAACCGUAGUGUGAUCUAUCCUGCGCGCGCAAGCUCAAUGGCGCCUAUCCAUGUUUUCACUUCACUUUCAUCCGUCGUAUUUAACUUGAUCAAUGGAUAUACGAACGGUAUGUGGAUCGGUCGUCACAGUCGAUCGGUCGAUCGAACCCAAUUCUGGAUUGGGCUUGGUCUCUGGGCCCUUGGCUUUGCUUCCAAUAUUUAUCAUGACACAUUGCUCUUUAGACUACGACAAAAGAAAGAAAAGCAAAAGCGUUACUUCAUACCCACAGGUGGGUUGUUUGAGUACGUCAGUUGUCCCAACUAUUUGAGUGAGAUCAUCGAGUGGACAGGCUAUGCCUUGGCUGCAUCACCAAGUAUCCCUGCAAUUAUCUUUGUCUCAUCCACAGCUGCUAAUCUCAUACCUCGUGCUUGCAAGACACAUGAAUGGUACAAGAAAGAAUUCAAAAGCUAUCCUAAUCGAAAGGCAGUAAUUCCAUUCGUGUUUUAA